AUGAAAAUAUGUGUGGUUGAUUUUCUUAUUUUAGUUAAUGAGAAUAAUGAUGAUGAUGAUGGUGAUGAAUUUAUAUCAUCAGAUGAAUCACUUUCAAUUGAAUUUCCACCUCCACCAAGUGCUUUUUCUACACCACCAAUUAUCAAUAAUACUUAUCAAUUUAUACCUGUUAAAAAUCCAUUUGUUCAAACAACUAUCGGUCGAUCAGAUUCAGGUAAAAAUUUAAAAAACAACAAACAAUUAAAAUCUUAA